GGUAAGGAGGUUUGUGCCUCACUCCUCCAGAUCAUGAUGACUCAUGGAUGUUUGUCUGAUCUCGUCCUUCUCACACUUAUUAUCAGAGGUUAUGAGAGUCUGUAGGUACCUGGAGUUUGACCACAGAUGUUUUACGCCAUGUCAGCAGUGACCAAUCAGCCUCUUCCCUUUGGUCAUCUGGAGCGAGAGAAGCACAUCCAGAUGAUCUUCAGAGCUUUCCAGAGCCGCUGUGGGCCUUCCUGUGAGUGUGACACUCACUCGCCUGGACUAAAAUGCCACCAAACGCCUCCUGACCAUGAAUCUGAUGAGCAGCUGUCAGGUCUGGCUCCUGGGGAAAAGAUAGAGAAUGGCUUCACGCAGCCACCGGGGAAAGUGAGGAGGCCAGGGGUGGAGGAGCAGAGGACUGGAGGUGCAGCAGGAUCACACUUUUUGUCUGUGCUGGAAACAGUCAGUCAUAUACAGAUCACUGCCAGACCAGAGCUGCAAGGUCCGCAGUGUGUUCCCAGGAGGAUCUACAGUAUUGCCACAGGGAGCAUCAGGUCACAGUUAUUUGCGGCUGUGGAAGAGAGUUCCUGCGUCUGCCUCCAGUGUUGUGGUCCAGCUCGGGCCUGUUCCUUGCAGGGCUUUGACUGUCAGGGCCAGCAGGUGUUUUAUUUUGAAAGGCCCUUCAGGGUGGACGCCUGCUGCCUCGGCUGCUGCCUGAUGGAGAUGAGGGCCUUCACACCUCAAAAACAUCUCAUUGGCACUGUACAUCAGAGGUGGAGCAUGUUCACCCCUCUCCUGGAGGUGUGUGAUUCAGAAGGAGCAUCUAUCAUCAGGAUCCAGGGCUCCUGCUGUCCGUACCGCUGCUUCUCCAACCAGCAAUUCCAGAUUGUCUCCAACAUUGGAGAGAAAAUAGGCACAAUCUGGAAGAAGUGGCCUGGCUUCAAUGAUGAGCAUAACAUGGACCAUGAAUAUUUUGGGUUGGAGGUGCCACUGAGUAUGGAAUCACAGACUAAAAUGCUGUUGCUGGCAGCCACUUUCUUGUUGAAUUACAUGUUCUUUGAAAUGAGCUGAUCCAUGAGAAGGAGGUAUGAGAGUAAAACUAACACCACUGAAAGAAGGCUGGAACUAAUGGGGCACGCCAGACUCGUCUCUUCAUGGCAUCAGAGACUACACC